AUGGACAGCUCACAACAGAUUCACUUCAUAACAGACCUGCCACAGAUGACAGAUUGCAGGUGUUGGUUCCUCGAUGAUGGGUUGACUGACAGCUGCUUUGAUGAUACUGCUAAGGAAAGGUGGAACUACAACAAGAGGAAGAAGUCGAGCCACAAGAAAAAUUCCCGCAACUACCAUAGUAGCAGCAUGUAUAAGGGCGAAAAUGGGAGUAGGUCCCUCAUUGAGUAG